GACAUAUGUAUUUCAAUUGUCGUGCAUUUGGGUCUAUCUCUUUUGGAACUCAUGGAAUGUGGCCGCGCUGUGGUUCUCCCUUGUUUUCGGUACCGGUGCUUGGACGAGUCUUGUCAUUCUCCGGCAGAAUCAGCAGCAGAUUGCCGAUAUGGCAGCAGCAAGCGAUACAAAGCCCCAGCGGGUACUCCGCGAUGGCAAAUGGAAGGAGAUCCAAGCCACCGACUUGACCGUCGGAGACAUUGUUCAGGUCUUCGAUGGCAUGGUAACGGCUGACAUCGCACUGGUGUCGGGCAGUGCCGUGGUGAAUGAGAGCAUGCUGACCGGGGAGCCCAUGCCGCUACAGAAGGUGGCGAUGGAAGCAAUGUCCACCCUCCCGUUUGACGACAAGAUCCAUGGAAAGAAGCAUGGCCUUUUUGCAGGUACUGAAGUCCUCCAGAGCGUCCCAGAAGCAGCUGCCAAUGCAAAUCGUGGGUCGGACUAUGCCAUCGGCGUCGUGAUGCGAAUUGGUGGGAGGACUACCAAGGGCAAGCUCAUUCGAAUGGUCCUCUUUCCAGCCAUCGUGAAGUUUAAAUACACGGAGCAGCUUCCCUGGGUCUACGCAUUGAUGACGGCCUGGGCUACUUUCUGCUUCGCCAACACCUUGAUGUUCCAGGGGCAGGGCUGGAUCAGCGGCUGCUUCGCAGGCAUGUCCUUCCUCGCGCAAGCUCUGAACCCGAUGAUGGCUGUCUCCUUCACGCUGGGCCAGAGCUGCAGUGCCUCCAGACUCAAAGAGGGGGAGAUCGCCUGCCUCAACAUCGGCAGGAUCCCGAUUGCCGGCAAGAUCAGUACAAUGGUCUUUGACAAGACGGGCACCAUCACGCAUGGAG